UUCAAGAAGUGCAACAUGGCCAGGGGCUGCCUCUGCUGCUUGAAGUACAUGAUGUUCCUCUUCAACCUGAUAUUCUGGCUCUGUGGCUGCGGGCUGCUUGGAGUGGGCAUCUGGCUGUCCGUGUCCCAAGGCAACUUUGCCACCUUCUCCCCCAGCUUCCCGUCGCUGUCGGCAGCCAACCUGGUCAUCGCCAUCGGCACCAUUGUCAUGGUGACGGGCUUCCUGGGCUGCUUGGGGGCCAUCAAGGAAAACAAGUGCCUCCUCCUCAGUUUUUUCAUUGUCCUGUUGGUCAUCCUCCUAGCAGAGCUGAUCUUACUCAUCCUCUUCUUCGUCUACAUGGACAAGGUGAACGAGAACGCCAAGAAAGAUCUGAAGGAGGGUCUGCGGCUGUACAACACCGAGAACAACGUGGGCCUGAAGAACGCCUGGAACAUCAUCCAGGCCGAGAUGCGAUGCUGCGGCGUCUCCGACUACACGGACUGGUACCCGGUGCUGGGGGAGAACACAGUCCCCGACCGUUGCUGCAUGGAGAACUCCCAGGGCUGCGGGCGAAACGCCACCACCCCCUUGUGGAAGACGGUGAGGCUGUGGAGGGACACAAACAGGCACCCUCCCCAUGUCUUUCAGAUCCUGGGCAUGGCCUUCUCCAUGACCCUCUUCCAGCACAUCCACCGGACUGGCAAAAAGUACGACGCGUGAGCGCCGGCCGGAGCGCCCCAGCCCCACCCAGACACCCUGCGGAGGGAAGAGGAUGUGAGCUUUAUGUCGCCUGCCUGCACUCUCCAGAUGUGACCCCGCACCCACCCGCCCACCCAGCC